AUGUCUGAAAUGAAAGAUUCGUCGUUGGGUAUGUUGGAGAAAUGGGAGUCCCUUACGACCAGAGUCGAGGAAACACAAAUGGCGAGCGCGCUUCAUCGCGAAUUGACAGCUUUGCAAACGGAAUUCAAAGCAGCACACGACAGGCUCUUCUCUUAUGAAAUCGCAUUGGAACAGCCGCACCUGUUGGAUGAGCGCCUCAAUCGUAUCACGACCGAACUGGCUGCGUUGAGGGAUCGCAAGGUGGUGAUGCUGGCUCUGAACAUCUCCACGCACAGACUGAUCACCAAUCUCGGUAAUUCGGCCUCCUUGAUCUUCACGGCUCUCAAAGACGGUGUGGCGGAUCUCUAUCGUGUUUGGGACGAAACCUUCCAAAAGGGUCUGACCCAUGCAAAAGGGUUGACCAGUGACCCAGUGGGCUUUUACAAAGGUCACUCUUAUCCCUCGGUACUGAAAUAUACACGACGGGAAAUCAACAACUGUGCGCCCUGCAAGCAGUCCAGCAGUUUAGUAUACGUUGCCAGGUUACUGUCCGAGAAACAGGACAUGAAUUGUCAGAUCGUUACAUUAGUUUCAUUCCCGUCGCCAAGUCCUAAUUAUACGCAAGAAGGUGGCUCGUUGUCCGACAGUGGCAUCUCCGACAGCGGAAGCGAGCAGGAGCUGAGCGAACGUGAACGCAGGCUGGCUGCACUUCGUCGAUUAACGCGCAGUGUGAAGAAUCAACUGGCACCGGGAAGCGAGGCGCUCGGCCAGCUUUGGAAAAGAGUCGAGGACACGGAAACGGAACUCCGUGAUCUUCAGAAACAGUGCCGGGAACUGAUCGUACGCACUGCGGCAAGUGUCGAAGCACGGGCCUCCAAGCGGACGAGCAACAGCCAGGUCCAUCACUACUCAGACAAGCGUAAAAAAACCAGCCCGACGGAGAUGGCGAGAGGAAAUUCGGAGCGGAUCACGAUGAUCACUGCGAAAAGUGGCGUGACGGAUGCCGGGGAUCCCGACAACGAGCCAGGACUACCUCAAAGUUGGGUCUGGCGUAUCCUGAGGGCGGCAUUACCCUUUCAACUAGCUCUGGUCGCUCUAUUCUGUGCCGCUUGCCUCUUGGAACCUCAUUGUUGCGAGGCUGCCAACACUCUAAAUCUAUCUCUCACCCUUCAACUACGAUAUGUUAGGGGACCACCACCGGUCUGA